AUGCGUGUCGAGUUUAAGAAAGUCGUCAGCGCCCAUUCCGCAUUCGCUCUGAAAGACUCAAGCUCGCCGUUCGCCUCCCGAAAUCGAUCGCUCCAGUCCGGCCCCGGUUUCGUCUCGUUUCAAAGUAAUCUAAACGAAGAGCUCAUUGAGGAACGUUUGAGGGAUUCUAAUUCGACAAGGGAAAUUCUCGUCGCACUCGAUGGAGGCGGGAUCAAAGGAGCCGCCGAGAUUAUGGCUCUUCGAGAAUUGUCUCUCCGCCUUUCAUCAACUUCUCCAUCAAUCACUUCACUCUUCAAAUCAUUCGAUUGGAUUGGCGGAACGAGUGUUGGUGCGGUCAUUGCUGCUUUUUCAGCUCCACGCCAUCAUGAAAAUGGGUCUCAAUCGCCGGAUACAAACCUGUGGUCAUUUCUUGCCGAAACCCGCGCCAUCUUUGAUCCGAAACUCAAGAAACCUUCUUUUCGAGGAGAGCUUCUCCACAAAUCUCUUCGCGAACAUGUUGGAACGUCGCAGCUUGGCGAUAUCGAAGCAAAAUUCGUCUGCACAUAUGUUGAUGGAGCCAUGAUACCACCGAGACUGCUCGUUUUUCGGAAUUUCCCCAUCGAAGUUCAGACAGACGAGGAUCAUCGGGAGGUGGAAAUCGUCGACGCACUUAUGGCAUCAACAGCGGCUCCCGUCUUCCCUCUCGCCCUCUUGACUGAAUAUCAUCGAUUCUAUGCGAAAGCCGCCCGCCAUCCAACUCCUUCACUAUUCCUUUCAUUAGGCACUGGCUACAACGAGCCGAGACGCACAAGUGGAAUUCAUUUUGGAGAUUUGCCGAAGAAUCGCGUUUUCUUCGAUCGGCAUUUUAUGCGCACGACGAGGAAUCUCUUUGACGUUUUUGUUAGCCAAGCGCGUUCAACAAGCAGCGACACAGCAUGUCUUGAUCAAGCAGCCGCUUGGUGUCUUGCUACGAGAAGUCCCUAUUUUCGCAUCAAUCCGCCAAAUAUUAAUCGUCUUUCAUUGACAUGUACUGAUGCAAAGAAAGUCGCCGAUUUUCUGUGGGGAGUCAUGUACUCGCUGAGGUUUAUCUCCGCACGACGGCUCGCCAUGAUCUCGAUCAACUCGCCAGUUUCAUCAAAAGGU